AUGAACGCGCUCUUCAAUUCCGCCUUACGGCAGUCGACGUCGAUACGAAAAGAUCUGGACCAGUUUGCCGACUCGGCCUCGCCAUCACCACAUCUCCAAGCCCAACUGAACGCGUCGUUGACUUCCUUUGCACGCACCAUCGACGAUUAUGGCAAGCUUGCAAAGCAAGAACCUGUACAGACCAAGGCAGAAAAGGCCCAGGAGCGAUUGAAGAACUUCCGAGCUGAACUGGAAGAAUACAGGGCCAACUUCAAACGUAUUAAGAGCGCAAAUGAGGAGAUUCAAAGUACAGAAGCGCGCACAGAACUGCUAGGCCGCCGUCCGCACAACACAGCUACGCCCGAAAACCCCUACGGACAACCUAAUCUCUCCGCCCAACAUUCGGCCUUUGCACCCUCCCAACCCUACAACCCCAAUGCUCCCUACCGACCGAACCCAUACUCUGCUGGCGCACCUCAAGGCGGUGACUAUGAUCGCGAGGGUCAUGUGCUGAGGGAAAACACUUUCUUCAACAAGACGUCUGAGCAGUUAGAUGAGUUCCUAGACAGAGGGAGGGCUGUGCUCGGCGACCUGGGCCAGCAGAGGGAUAUGCUCAAGGGCACACAGAGGCGGCUUUACACCGUUGCAAACACCUUGGGUAUUAGUGGUGAUACCAUACGUAUGGUGGAGAGGAGAGCGAAGCAGGAUAAGUGGAUCUUCUGGGGUGGGGUGGUGGUCUUUUUCCUGUUCUGCUGGCUGGUCAUCCACUACUUGAGAUGA